AUGCAAGGGAAAGAGAAUUCGAUGCUUGAAGUUCGUGUUGCAUCAUCAUACUUGACCUACAACAAUGCCAAAAUAAAGAAACGGGAAGUUUGGGGCACAGAUGUCUACACAGAUGAUUCGGAUGUUGUAGCGAUGCUAAUUCAUAGCGGAUUUUACAUACCUCCGCUGAAUGCUAACAGUACAGAACAGGAUUUGCUGCACCCGACUAGUCAGCAGCAUAAUUUUGUGCCUGAACCAAUUAAACAUAUCUGCCCCGGUUUUGAUCUUGCUGUGACUUUACGUGUUCUCCCAAAACUCGUCAAAUACCAAGGAUCUAUCCGUCAUCGCAUCAAAAGUCGCACUUGGAACACAGGACAUGACGGAGUCAGUUUUAAGAUAGAGUCUAUUCGUAAACUCUGUCCUGGUGAGGCUCUAAAUCGGGGUCGCGGUCAGAGUAAACUUCGAAUGAAGGAAUAUAAUCAAGAACGGCUUCGGGUAUUAGCCAACAUUCAUGAUGAGACUACAGAAAGUCUUCAAAAUGAACGGGCAAUGCGUACUGCUACAUUUGAAUUUACAAACCAGGGCGACCCAUGCUUCAAAUACUCUCCUGAACUUGUCAUGGAUCGACACGAUGGUCUGUCUCGAAAAUGGACUAGUUGGCGACUCAAAAAAGAGGUUAUGAUACUAGAAAACGACGAAGAGCGUUACGAGAUAUCCUUGCAACAUCAUGCGGGGACGGAUGCCCGACGCUUUGAUCAAUAUCGUUUUGCUGUCAUUUCGCCACGAACCUCGCUGUCCAGUUGGAGUAAGACCGCCUACCCUCUGGAUCCUGCAGACUUGACUGAGGUGUUAUAUGAAGAUCUUGAUUGGCAGGACUUUGAAUGGGUGGAGCGCGGUGUUGUUGUGCAACCGAGUCAACGAGCAAAACAGAACAGCAGCAGUUCCUCAAUGGAGGGGGUGGAGCCAACUACCGAGGGGCAGAGUAAGACCUUUUUACCUACCACAGAGGUCAUGGAUAUUGAUGGUGGUGAAUCCAAAGGGAAUGGACAAGAAGAUGGAUCACGGAAAUUAAAAUCAGGGCCCAGUAAUCCUUCGGAUACUCUGGACACUCAACAAGACGGAGUCUUUUGCGUGGUGAGUCGACUCUUCUGGAGACCCAUGUCGGAGUUGCGCCCUGCGAAAUCAGUCAAGGUGGGUCAGUCCAAAUCUACAGAAAUUAAGCCUGCAAACGGUCUGGAGAAGAUAAACGCUACAGAAAUGCACCAUCCUCAGGUGGAAGUGAAGGAAACGGCACCAACUUUGACUAAAUCAUCCGGAAAUUCGUACGAGCAGAUUGGAGUACCAAGUUCUAGUAGCGCAAGCCCAAAAACUAGUUCGGCACAAGACGAUAAUAAUUCCAAAGCUCAAACAUCUUUUGGAACUCUAAGAACAAAAGACCCCAGUCAGGAUCAUGUAGUAACUACAGUUUCUAUAUCUGACCAACCAUCAUCUGCGUCGAUUGGGGCUGCAAGUGCAGUGCCUGCAACUACGGCACGGUCUGUCCAAGAGGCUGUCAGACCGCAAGAACCAUCUGGACAACAUGAGCCACAACAUCUACAAGCCAAACCGCCUCAUUCAGACUCGGUAGCUGCAGAACGGGAGGAAGGCGAACUCGAAGAGUCUGAAUAG